AUCAAGCAAGAUGGCAGGAGAAUGGAUACUAGACGAGUUGAUAUGUUACUUGGGAAGCCCCCUUUUUCAGGUCCCCGUCAUAACAUGCUGUGAAGCAAGUUGCAUAAUUUUUGAACCCUCAACGGAGGAUUCUGCAGAAUACAGACAAUGCUUUCGAGAUUUUAAGCAGCUGAUUGAUGUCUUGUUGGAUGGCUUCAGAGAAGAUGUUGGACUGACACAGAGUGACAUUGUAAAAGCAGUACAGAAGUUGAACAUGAAAGAAGACCUGAGGGAGAUUUUCAAGAACUCUUUUGAGCCUAUUUUGGCUGUAGAAGACUACAAGUUUUUUGUUAAGAUGAUGACCAAGAAAAACAUAGAACUGCAGGAACAGGCUUUGGCAAUCUUAUUGAAGAAGACAGGUGCAGUCCCAGAAAUCUACUCUAAUCAAGCCAGUGGUCCUCAGCCUGAUGAAGCAUUUGUAGCUGUGGCAAGCCAAGCAGAUAAGCAAUCAGAAGUGAAGCAAUCAGAAGAAGAGAAAAAGCAGACGGAGGACUUUGCAAAGGCAGAGGCUGUGCGGCUAGAGGGAGAGAAGAAACAGGAGCAGCAAAAGAUGCAAGAGAUGUUGUCAACACUGACUGUUGAAGACAAAUUACCACCACUUCCUGCAGGAGCAGUGAAAUCACCACCACCGAAGCCCUCCCACCCGACUGCCCCUGCACCAGCUCCAGCUCCUGCACUAGCCCCUGUUAAGGCACCAGCCACAGCUAAGACACCUGCACCAGCACCUGCACCAAGCAAAGCACCUGCACCAGCAGCACCUGUAAGUAAUGCAGAUGCUGCUGCCAGUUGGCUUGCCUCUGCAAAACAGGAAGCAGGCCAGCCUCAAGGAGGAUUACAGUCACACAUGGCUGCAAUGUCAAAACUAAGCCCAGAUGAACUUAAAAAGAGACAAGAAUUCCUUAAAGCCCAGAGGGAUCAGCUGAUAGCAAUGAAAAAGAAAGAACGUGAAAAACAACUGCUGACUGCCGAGAAGGCUGCCCCUGCCCGUCCCAAGUCAGCAAGAGCUGCACGCUCAUCACUGACACCUGCAAGUGUGCCGCCAGCUGAAGAUAAAGAAAUGUCUGCAGAGGCCCAAAAACAAUUGGAAAUGCGCAAGGCAAUUGCUGCACGACUACGACAAGAAGUCGUUGCCAUGCGUGAUCUGGAGCUGAUGUAGGUAAAACAAAGAAGCAGAGAGAAGGAUCACAUUUAAAUUACAUCAUACCUUUGUGUUAAUGUUGUCUUGGUAACAGGUUGUAUUACCUUUCAACUAUUAGUAGACUCUACUUCUAGAAAUAGCUGUUGUGUUGUGUGAAUUGAUUUUUGUUGAACAGAAUAUAGAACAAUAGACUGCUUUUUUUGUCAGAUCAACCCGACUACCACCAGUAGUCUAAGAUGUGUGGACAAUGCUAAAUGGAAAGUUAAGUGUGUGAAUUUAAUCACUGCUGUUUGCAUUCUUGAGCUAUUUUUGUGGCCAACAACAUUGACAUAUGAGCUCAAUGUAAUAGCCUGCCUUGUGUAUUUACCCAGGAUAUAGUUUCAUUGUGUGACUUCAUCACAGUGUUCAAUUUCUAUUUAUACUAUACCCAAGGAUAAGAAAAAAGAUAAAUCUCUCCAGCAAGAUAAUUCUGUAGCAUCCAUAUCAAUCAUCAGAUGUUCCCAUUAGCAUCAUUUCUGUAAUUGCCUGGAAAGUCUUUAUCAAAUAGCACUUUGAUCAUUUGAUCAAUUACAAUAGGAAAUCAAAAUUAUUUAUGAGAACUUUGUUGGAAACAUAUUUGUUCAAAAAUGGACACAAGGUUUUUUUUUUCUGAAGUUACGCAGUUUCAUUGAGUCUGACCAGGUAUUUACCAAUAUUUCAGCUUUAUUUUCCUUUUUUGCAAAAAUGAGUUGUAACUAAAUGCAGGCACUGGGUUGUACAAGUUCAUAAGCUUUGGAAGGCUUUAAUUCUUUUUAAAUUAUAUUUUGGUAUAACAUUUCACACAGUUUGACUUUACAAGCAGGUUUUUCAAAUUGAUUCGAUUUUUGUAGGAGUAAAAUAAAGUAUGCAAAGAUAAAUUGGGACCAAAAUUAUUAUAGAUACUAUAACAUUCCAGUUGACUUUUAUUAAGGAAACCAGUUUCGGAAAUUUGUAUUUACUUACAAGCAGUUGAAAAUAUCUGGUAGUGCAAUCAGUAGUUUAGAAAAUCAUUUUUCACAUCCAAAAUUUUGGUUCAUUCUUUUAAACAGUUUGACCCAUCAAUAAGAAAGUUGAUUGGAGCAUGCAAAGUAAAUUUUAGAGAAAAGAGUAGUCUUUUAAGAGAGAUGUCCUUUGUGUGAACUUCAUUCACAAAAGUGAAACUUCAUUGUAGAACCAUAUCAAAGUUUCUAUUAUAUCACUUUUUUUCAGUUCAAGGUAUGAAAUUAUGGAAUCCCUAUCUCAUUAGUGUGGCAUUCUGCUGAACAUUCCUUGAAAUGUCAUUUUCAGAAAAGAAAUUAGUAAAUGUGUAAAUAAUCAUGUUAUGAAUAAAAAAAUGCAACAGAGUAGAAGUUCGCCCUAUUUCUAUUUUUAUAUUUGAAGGUUACUUUUCCAAGUUUCUUGUCAUAUUGGAACAAUCAUUGUACGAAGUACCAAGUUCUUGUCUAUUUUUU